AUGGCGAAUUUUAAACGAUGCUUAGACUGGAACCUUUUGUAUUUAGGAAAGCCCCAAGCAAGAGUCGACACGUGCACGACAAGAGGCGGAUCGUGCAUUCGGUCAAAUAUCCAUUGUGAUGGUUACGUAGACCAUUAUGCUUUAGGAUGUAGAGAGAAUGUCUGCUGCAAACCAUCGCCAUCUACUGUCAAUCCCGAACCAGCACAUCCAGACAAGUGCGGUCUAAUAACAAGUGUACAGACACGUCAUGUAGAUCCACGCCUAAGAGUGGUGGCUUUGGAUGGUGAGUGGCCUUGGCAGGUCAGUCUUCAGAAUGACAGCGGUCAUUUCUGUGGAGGGACUCUAGUGUCAGACCAAUGGGUUGUUACCGCCGCUCACUGUCUCUAUGGACAAUCUACUGACGGAAUUAAUUUGCUUUUUGGCGAACAUCAUCAAGAAUACACUUCGAACAACGAGCGGAAUACAACGAUCCAAAAAGUGCUCAUACACCCCAACUACUCCCCUGAACACGGUCUCCUUAAUGACAUAGCUUUAGUCCAGCUCGCACAACCAGUUAAUCUGACCGAAUAUAUCGUCAGAACGGCCUGCCUGCAUCAGAAAUAUGACGUAUUUACAGACACAGACCAUUGCUACAUCAGUGGCUGGGGGUAUACUCAAGGAACUGGUGACAAUGUUGUACUACGACAUCUACGCAUUCCUAUAACCUCUGCUAUGACGUGUAACUCCAGCUGGGACGGCGUCAUCACUGACAAACAGCUCUGUAUAGGAAGUGGGAACACGGGGGCAUGCCGGACUAAAUCAAAUUUUGAUGAAAUAUCUAUAGUCCCCCUAUUUUGCUUGUUUCCUACAGAGACCCAGUAUGUCCUUGUUGUUUUGGAAUCUGGAGAAAAGGAAUAUUACCGCUGGACCUUUGACCAGGAGAACCUACUGUUCUCCCCAGACGUGGGCUAUGCAGCUCUACUUGUAGGAACACUGGUCAGUAGAGGCAGACAUUGGAAUAAUGACGACCAAGAUGGUGGUCCAGAUGAAAUAGGGAUCGUCAUCAUCAACAAAGAUGGAGGACAACUAGUCAAGGUAUGCUGGCGUUCACCUUCAGCUGCUCAUGAAUGGAAUGUUUACAGAUAUGGAGAUCAAGAAAGAUUCGACAUUGAUGUUGCAGAAUCUCCACUCAUUGACUUGGAAGGACUACAUUAUUCCGGGUCCCCGCGGUGGGAGAUUUGUGAUGAGACAGGAAAUUGCUGGCCCCUGACGGGGGUUAGUGCCCUGGAACUACAGGACAGCGUGGCCCUCAAAAAGACCAUACUGACCAUGCAGGAGGGACAUACUCAGGGGACGUUUAGGCUGGAAGGUGACAAACUGACAGACUUCAACACACACAAAACUUUAUGGAUAAGAAAGAUGGAAGAAACAUGAGAAUUAAUCUACCUAGAGGUUUGUCAUAAGCUUAAAUUUCUAAAAUUUUUAAUGAAAAUCCAAAAAAAAUUGGAAAGAGUGCCAUAUCUAUUGAUAUAUCUUUAUAUAUUUGUCAUAUAUUUUUUUUCAGAAUAAUAUGAUUACAAGAUAUGAAUACUUGUUGUAGAUGGAAAUGUAACAGUUUUGAAGAAUAUGACAGAAAUGGAGUUGUGACUGCUUUUUCUAUAUUUGCUACACAUUUAAUACAUGUACAUUCUUAUCAGAACAUUAAAUUUGUCAAUGUAAAAAGUAUUUUUAAAAUAAA